AUGACGGCUCCGUGGCGAAUCUACACUACCGGCGACUUGCUGCGCAACAUCUACUUUGUCUACGAGCAGAAACGCAGAGAAUUGCGGUGGCAAGCUGGUGAAGGUCGUGAUGAGGGCAAGAAGAAGCUGUUCCGCCUUUCAGCAUGUCUGACAGCAGUAUUUUUGGCGGUUAAAAUGAUCUACGGCGAUGAGGAUUGUUUCACUGACGCUCAUCGAGGCGAGAAAAGAACGAGAAGCUGGAUCUUGCAGGUGGUACUCAGCGUCAAAAGGAGACGCGACUCGCGAAGGAAAGAAGAUGCCGAUGCCCCGAUCAACACAAUCCAAAGAACAAGCACUGUAAAUGGAUUG